AUGGAGACCUUUCCAUUUCUUUGGAUUAUCUGUCUGUUAUCCGGAGAAUUAAUUUGGGGUGGGUUUGCUCAAUUGGUGCACUGCAAUGCAGCUGAGAGAGAGGCUCUUCUUGACUUCAAAAUGGGUCUUAAUGAUUCCUGGAAUCGGCUCUCCUCAUGGCAUGGAACCAAUUGCUGUCAAUGGUCAGGAAUAGCUUGUGACAAUACAACUGGUGCUGUUCUCGCAGUUGAUCUCCCAAAUUCAUCAGGUCGUCAGCCAUUAGGUGGGGAGAUUAGACCUUCACUCGCAAAACUUAAGUCCUUGAAAUACCUGGAUUUAAGUGGGAACAAAUUCAGUGGUAAAAUUCCUCAUUUCUUUUCCUCUUUAGAGAACUUGCAAUAUUUGAACUUGUCAUUUGCUGGGUUUAGUGGCGCAAUUCCUCCAAAUCUUGGAAACCUGUCUAGCUUGCAGUUUCUUGAUGUCUCUUCAUUUAGUUCAAAUGUUGAUAAUCUUGAAUGGGUGAGUGGUCUUGUCUCACUAAAGUAUUUGAAUAUGUAUUCUGUAGACCUUUCAAAGGUAGGAGGAGAAUGGAUUGAGCCAUUGAACAAGCUUCCACUUUUAUCUGAGUUGUACUUAGAAUUCUGUGUUUUAUCUGGUUUCAUAUAUUCUAUUUCUUCUGUUAAUUUUACUUCCCUUAAAGUCCUAAAACUUCGAGACAACUCCUUCAAGGCCAACUUACCAUAUUGGUUUGUGAACAUUAGCAGCCUUGUAUCUGUUGACAUCAGAAAUGGCAUGUUGACUGGAAGGAUUCCACUGGGUUUUGGUGAAUUACCAAAUUUGCAGUCAUUGAAGCUUAAUUAUAAUUUCGAACUCCCAGCAAGCUGCUUCCAACUAUUUUCAAGAAGCUGGAAAAAGAUACAAGUUCUUGAUUUAUCUAUCACUGAGCUACAUGGUAGACUUCCUGCUCUUCUUGGAAAUAUGACAUCUCUCAUUCAAUUUGAUUUACACUUCAAUUAUAUUGAGGGUGGCAUUCCAAGCUCCAUUGGUAAGCUUUCUAAUUUGCAGUACAUUGACUUGUCGUUAAACAACUUGACCGGAAGUUUACCAGAUUCAAUUGGCCAGCUCAAGAAUCUUGUCAAGCUUCGGUUGAACAAUAACUUGCUUCAAGGUUCCAUUCCUUCUUCUAUUGGAAACUUACAGCAUUUGACUACCCUCACGCUUGCGUCAAAUAAGCUAAAUGGUACUCUGCCUGAUAGCAUUGGACUGCUCUCUGAGUUGUCUUCCCUUGAUGUUUCUCUCAAUAAAUUGACAGGUGUUAUUUCAGAAGCACAUUUUCAUAGUCUGGGGAAACUGGAGAACAUUAUUUUAUCAGAAAAUUCUUUCAUUUUGAAUGUAAGCUCCAAUUGGGUCCCUCCUUUCCAAGUCAUUGCCUUGAAGAUGGGUUCAUGCCAUCUAGGUAUGUCCUUCCCUUCUUGGCUUAAAUCUCAAAAACAGGUCCACGUUUUAGAUUUCUCAGGGGCUGGUAUUUCCGGUUCUAUCCCAAAUUGGUUCUGGGACAUGACUAGCAGUCUAGCCAUUUUGAAUGUUUCUUUCAAUAGUUUAGAGGGUCAUAUACCAAAUCCAUUCAAUAUAAUUUCCUAUGCAAGUGUUGAUUUGAGCUCCAACCAAUUCAAAGGACCCAUUCCUCUUCCAAAUGUCAUCUCACUAGAUCUUUCUAAUAACCAGUUUUCCGGUAGUAUACCAGAAAAUAUUGGUCAAGUCAUGUCAGUGUUGACAUUUCUUUCACUUUCUGGUAACAAGUUGACCGGUGCAAUCCCAGCCUCAAUUGGAGAGAUAUCGCUCGAUGUCCUUGAUCUUUCAAAAAAUAACUUGGCAGGAAGCAUUCCUUCAAGCAUGGGAAAUUGUUCUUCUCUUUCUGUUCUAGACCUUCAAAAAAACAAAUUGUCCGGUGAGAUUCCAAACUCUAUAGGUCAGAUAACUGGGCUUCAAACACUUCACUUGAGCAACAACCAACUCUCAGGAAAAAUUCCAUCAUCUCUUCAGAAUUUGUCAAAGUUGGAAACCUUAGACUUCGGAAACAACAUGUUGACAGGAAACUUACCACGAUGGAUUGGAGAAGCUUUUCCGCGUCUCAGGAUACUUAGUCUCAGGUCAAAUAAAUUUUCUGGAGAACUUCCCUUGGCACUUUCAAAUUCGAGUUCCCUGCAAAUUUUGGAUCUGGCAGAAAACCAAUUAAAUGGUUCCAUUCCUGCUAACUUGAGCAAUCUCAAAGCCAUGACUCAACAGCAGAACGUUAACCAUUAUUUGCUUAAUGGAACUCUUUCUGACCAUCACAAUUACCAAGAGAACAUAUAUGUGACCAUAAAUGGCCUUGGAUUAACGUACACUAGGACACUUUCCCUGCUAACCUGUAUAGAUAUGUCUGGAAACAAUUUAAGUGGAGAACUUCCUGAAGCAAUAACAAAAUUAGUUGGUUUGGAAGUUUUAAAUCUAUCAAGAAACCACAUCAGUGGCCAGAUUCCUGAGAGCAUUUCAGAAUUGCGUCAGUUGUUAUCUCUUGAUCUCUCAGGCAAUAGGCUUUCAGGUCCUAUUCCCCAAAGCAUAUCUUCAUUGACAUUUCUGGGGAGUUUGAAUGUGUCAAACAAUAACUUGUCAGGCAUAAUACCUUCUACAAAUCAGAUGUCAACUUUUAAUGCAUCCUCUUUCGCUGGGAACCCUGGUCUAUGUGGAGAUCCUCUUACGGUGAAGUGUUCUAAUGAUUCAAACAAUGGAGGAGACAAUUAUCCAGAUGGUGGAGGGAAAGCAGAUCAGACUGACAUUGGCAAUGGCUUCAUUGAUAAGUGGUUUUACAUGAGCAUUGGGGUGGGAUUCGCAGCAGGUUUAUUGCUUCCUUAUUUAGUUUUUGCAAUGAAAAGGUCUUGGGGUGGAACUGCUUAUAGAUUGUCAAGUGAGAAAAUGAAAGCAGCUGCAAGAAGAAGAAAUCGGGGCGCUCGUUGACGUUUUUCAUUUUUCUUUUGCAAGUCUUAAAUUUCUUGUACAAUCUAGUGAAGUAUUUCAGCAAGUCUCGGAUUGUUUGAAUUUGGAGAAAGGGAAAUUUAAGAAUAAACUUUUUGUUACUUCAACUUAA